AUGACAAGAGGUGAAGAAAAAAAAUGGAUUGAACAGUUGCGCAUGAAUCCACCAAAAUUAUUGGAUGAAAAUGAUUUAAGACUUGUUUGUCAAAGAGUUAAGGAAAUACUGGUAGAAGAAAAUAAUGUUCAGGCAAUAAAUCCACCAGUUAUUAUAUGUGGAGAUAUACACGGUCAAUUUUUUGAUUUAUUAGAAUUAUUUGAUGUAGGAGGAGAUAUAAUGAAUAAUGAUUACAUAUUUUUGGGAGAUUAUGUAGAUAGAGGGUAUAACAGUGUAGAAACUUUUGAAUAUUUAUUAUUGUUAAAAUUAUUGUUUCCUAAAAAUAUAACUUUAUUACGAGGAAAUCAUGAAAGUAGACAGAUAACGACAGUAUAUGGAUUUUAUGAUGAAUGUUUUAAAAAAUAUGGAAAUGCAAAUGCAUGGAAAUACUGCACUGAUAUUUUUGAUUAUUUAACAUUAGCAGCUCUUGUAGACAAUCAAAUUUUUUGUGUACAUGGUGGUUUAUCACCUGAAAUAAAAUUAAUUGAUCAGUUACGAUUAAUAAAUAGGGUUCAAGAAAUACCUCAUGAAGGUGCAUUUGGUGAUAUUAUGUGGUCAGAUCCGGACGAAGUCGAAGAUUGGGUUGCCAAUCCUAGAGGAGCUGGUUGGCUAUUCGGUCCUAAAGUUACGAAAAAAUUCAAUUACAUUAACAAUCUUGAACUAAUAGCAAGGGCACAUCAGCUAGCUAUGGAGGGGUAUCGAUACAUGUUUGAUGAUUCCACUAUCAUCACCGUGUGGUCAGCUCCCAACUACUGUUACAGAUGUGGAAAUGUGGCUGCAAUCAUGCGUAUCGAUGAAAAUAUGAAUCGACAGAUGCUCAUAUUCAAGGAUACACCUGACUCACGGAAUUCCAUAAAAAACAAGGCCACCAUUCCGUAUUUUUUAUAG